AUGCCUCUGUUUGGUGCAGGGCCUCACAGGAAGAUCUUCCCUACUAAGAAUCCUUCCCGACGCUCAAAAACCGAAGCCGAGUUCAUGUCAAAUUCGUCCGACGACGUUCGCCCAUUGAGGCACAUAUCGACAUUGAUGACCACCCCCAGUGAAAGAUAUGAGAAGCCUCAAUCACAGCUGCGGCCCUCACGAACCACUCUCGAUGGUCGAGUCUACAACAAUUCCGGACACUGGAGAUCACUCUCCAAAGAUGCAACCCUCUACUAUUCAGCCACCGCAUUAUCGGUGCUCAUUCCCUUGAUAUCUCUAGCAAUAUGGCUAGGAGUAAAUUCCAAUCGCUGGAAAGAGUCGGAAUGGUCUGCCAUCCAGAGUGAUGCAAUUGGUGGUCGUCUCACCCAACCACAAGCAAAAGCAGUCGAUCUUCUCUGUAGCGCUCUAAUCGCACCCUUGAUCUUGGGUGCUUUUAACCUUGUCUGGUUCUCCUGUGCCCGUGUCGCUGUCGUCAACGAGAAACAGUCCGACAAAGAUGGAGUUCCGCUUGCCUGCCUCGUCGAGGUGAGUAGUACCACCGGCGGCUCCUAUGACGUCCUCAAGCUAUCAACAUUGUUGGCACCUCGCACUAAGAGACUGGUGACACUGGGGUUGUUGGUCAUUGUCUCAGCUAUCGCCAAAUCAGCUUUGGGGAAUGUCAUCGCCUACGAAGCAUACAACGAAGAUAGCCUCGGAGGAAGCUCCCCUCUCCGAUUGCUCAGUGAUAGGCAGCUGGCAGUUCCGAACAGCUUGGUCUCUCAAACAUUCGUGGGAACUUGGGGUUUCAAUACCCAACAGAGAUCAUCAUUUGCCAACCAGUUUAGUGGGUUGAUGACCGGGCUCAGUAUAUCAAACGCCAGCUCACAGCUCACAGCAGACCAUGCUUACAUCAUGACCAACGUGACCGGUGCUUCAUUAGAGCUACCACAGACAGUUUCCACGUUGCACAAACUGCCCGGCUCUCGCUGGUCUGUGUCUUGUGAACCCUUCGUACCAGACACAUUCACGGUCAUACAGAUGGGUUCGAAGUCGGUCCAAUUCUCCAUGACAAGAGGGACGACCGAUCUUGUCACAGGCAAUUACCCCGGGGACAUCGCAACCAUCAAGAAUGCAUUUAACGAAGUGUAUCCCUUCAUGCUCUUCCCACCAGCCGAUGGCUCCAGCGCAGUGCUCGCCUUCACCACGAGCUUCAACCUCAGCGACCAACGGUAUGACUCGGAAUUCGGCACCAUUACCCCCAAAGCAUUCAACAUGACCGCCCUCGGAUUCAAUUCAACCAAGGCAGUCAUGUCUGUGUGGGCCAUAUCAUGCAAAAUCUCACGUCAGGAAGCCACCCUGGACCUAAUUCGCUCUCCCACGGGCGAAUGGCUCAAGAACAUGACCUCGCUGUCCGUGUCCGAGGCAACAACCGAUCUAAAAUAUCUGCGAAUGCAACAACUCCAACUGAGUCUGAACUACCAAGCUCCAGACGUGACACUCCCCGGCCUUGGCCCAGCUCUCGCCCGCUCCGCCGACCCGUGCAUCGACGCGACUCUAACCGGCACCGCGUCCGAGAUCACCAGUGUAAACUGCAGUGCGAUCAACAGCACAAGCGUCUCAUUCUCGACCCUCGCGCAGAACUUCCUGUACGCGUCCGCCGAAACCGAACGCAUCGCGUACGAAGUCGCCGCCACCAACACCUCCCGCGACACCCCGGAAGCGUUCUACUCCGCCGCCAACACCGCCCAAACCCUACACUACCGCAUCACGUACGUGCCUGUGAUCCUCUUCGUCGGCAUCGGCUGCAUCCUCGCCGCCGCGCUCAUCACGGUCGCCUUGGUGUGGAGCGUGUGGGGCACGGUCAGCGCUCGCUCGUUCCGCCAGGUCGACGUCCUGAGAUUGGUGGUCGACGCCCUUGCGGGACUGCGUGAGACCGGAAGGAGGGGGGUGGACGACACCCGCGGCGUCUACGAUCACAUCAAGGGUGACAGUAACGCCGGCUUAGUCGCGUGGGCCAAGGACUAUCCUGUCAAGUAUUCCGCUGAGCCUGACACCGGCCUGAUUGGCUUGUCUCGGGCAAGGGCUGUCAGCAGUGAGAGGCCAUGA